AUGCCAAUAUUAGGAUUCGGAGGAGAAGACGACGAAUCUACUACUCCUUCUCCCACACAGACUACCCGAGGGAAUGACGAUGACAAGACAUCUUCUCAACGAACGACCAGUAAACCCACUAGCACUAGCUCUCAAGAUGAAGACGAAGACGACGAGCCGACCACCAGGACCUCUAAACCCACGUCCACCGCUAAGAAAGAUGACGAAGAGGAAGAUAAACCGACUAGUACUAAACGUAAGGAGGUAGAUGAUGAAACGUCCACAUCAUCAAGUAAGACAAAAACCAAGACUAGUACAGAGGAAAGUACGUCCACGGGGGUGAUGAGCGUUGCAAACUCUUGUAUAAAGAAUGGAACGGAUAGUGAUGAGUGUUUGGAUGGGUAUCAGCAGAAUUCGGGAUUGAUAAUAUUCUGUGCAAUAGCGGGAGCUUUGGUGAUUAUCGGUUUGAUAUAUUGGUUGAUCAAACGAAGUAAGAGGAGGGGCAAAUUGGAGGGGAUGAUAAGUAAAGCGUAG